GCCUACCGCAGCUUCACUGACUGACACGCGUCAAAUACAUUUCGCGCGCGUGUUCGUGAAUCUGUCGUCACUCCUAACGCAUUUAUCUUACACACGUUUAAACCUUCUUUUCAACCAUAUUCAGUUUCACCUUAGAUUGUAUCCUACCUCAAUUCACAUAACUACAACUGUUAUUGAAUGGCUCAUCAGUUCGCUGAGGUGGAUAAGUUGAGAGACAUGCUGCGCGUGAGCGGGGAAACCACUGACGACCACCUGACGAACAUCAGCAGACAGGAUGUUUUGACGCGAAUUGAGAGAGUCAUUCAGACUUUAGUCACGAGUGUGUCUAAAGGCGACGCACCUGUGCUAACUCUGAUAAAUAGAUCCAGCUGGGACAAUGUCAAGUUUCAUGAGUCUGUUGGCUUGGUACUAAAGCCAGAUGCAUCAGUGGUGACUCUUCGGUGUGACUGCCCUUCAUCAGCCACCAGAUUUUCACUGAUUUUGAAGCUCUUGUCUGUUAUUUACAAACUCGUUCAGAGUGACUCCUAUGCUACUAAAAGGGAUAUAUAUUAUAAUGAUACACAGCUGUUCAGGUCACAGAAGACGGUGGAUUCCAUAGUAGAUGACAUUUCGUGCAUGCUCGAGGCUCCCCGCAGGAGUCUAAAUGUUCUUGCAACAUCCAAAGGCCUUAUCUCGGGUGAUCUGUGUUAUUUGGAGGAAGAUGGCACAAUGGUGGACUGCAGAUCAAGCACCACAGCUGUCUCUGUGUCUUCCAAUGUUAGUGGAAUCGGACACAUUGUAUCAUCAGCAAAAUUCAUCCUGAUAGUGGAAAAAGAUGCAACUUUUCAGAGGCUCCUGGACGAUGACUUUUGUGCCAGACUGUUCCCAUGCAUUAUCAUUACUGGUAAAGGGACUCCUGAUGUAAACAGCAGACUGAUGGUGAAGAAACUGUGGGAUACACUACAAGUCCCAGUCUUCGCUCUGGUGGAUGCAGACCCGCAUGGCAUUGAAAUCAUGUGCAUCUACAAGUACGGCUCGGUGUCAAUGGCCUUUGAGGCUCGUAGCCUGACUGUCCCCAGUGUGCUGUGGUUGGGCCUCCUGCCUUCAGACAUCCAGAGGUUUGGGUAUAGGAUUCCAGAAAAGGCCAUUAUUCCAUUUUCUCAGGCAGAUGAGCGGAAAAUCAACAGCUUGUUGAACAGACCCUACAUUCCCUGCCAACCUGUGUGGGAGAGAGAGAUGAACACAAUGCAGAGACUGAAGCAGAAGGCUGAGAUACAAGCCCUGGCAUCUAUAGCCCCGCAUUUCCUCACGAGAGUCUACCUACCAAACAAACUGCGUCAUGGAGGCUGGAUAUGAGCUUAUACUGCCAUCUACUGGAAUAUCAGUUGUACUGCAGCUUCAGCGCAUCAAGUAUGCAGUAGGCUAUACACUUACUGUUUUACAGUUUCAGAUUUAGAGGUUUGAAAUGUUACGUUUAUUAAAUUUCUAAAUAUAAUGGGACGGAAUAAAUAAAACGUUUUCGUUAAUAGGCUGACUGCAGUCGAGUUACAUUGUAAAAAAUACACGUGAUUUAUUAAUUUGUUAAAUUAUUUAAGUAAUUACAAAAAUAUUUGCUGGUGUAUUGGUGUAUGGUUUUGAACACGCUACUUUAUUGAUAAAAUGAUUUUGCGUAACUAGAAUGAAUGAGGGCAAUGAGCCUUUAGCGACAGGCGGCGCUGCUUAUUUAGGCCUAAUGCAGGCUAUAACGUUAUCUUUGCAAUUCAGAUCAAAACAAAGUUUAAAGCAAUAGCCUAAAUGUUUAUACAUUUAGAGGUGUUUGUCACUGUAGAGCGUCCUUUAGUUUUCUCAAAGUGUCGAGUCCUUUAUUGUCAUAUGUACAAGUACUGUAUGUACACAAAAUAUCACAUGUAGCAUAUAGAAAUUGCAAAAUGUUACUGAAUAAUUGCAAAAGACAGUACUGACCAAGAGUCAAAUAGAAAGUUGCCUUUUCUGUUAUUAAUGUUUAAUUUAUCAUUAAAAUUUAUAAGAUACGGUAUAUUGGCACAACAUUGUUUGCUGCACUGUCUGUUAAUGUUGUAAUGUCUGAAAAGCAUUAAAUUCAAAUGAAGUUAUAGUG